AUCUUCCAUCCGCCCUUUCAGAGGCAGGCCGAGUGCCCUGCCUGCUCUUCCUCCCUGCCAGCUCCCAGAAGGCUUGGAGCCCAGACACCUGCUCACCCACCACCAGCUGGGCCCCGCCCGGGCCUGCCCGGCACGCACCCCGGCUGCCAAGGGCAGCAGCUUUUCCAGGAUUUGGCCGGCAGGCCCAGUCACCCCACCUCGCUACCUCACCACUCCACCUCAGAGGCGAGCCCUGUCCACUCCACUCUGUGCCUGGCUUCUCUUGCCUGCCUUGGGCCUUCGUGUGGCCCCUCCACGGUGUCUGGGACUGAGUGCCCCUCUUGCCUCCUGAAGAGCAGCCAUGGCCACCUACAAAGUCAGGGUGGCCACAGGCACCGACCUCUUGUCGGGAACACGGGACUCCGUCUCACUGACUAUUGUGGGGACGCAAGGAGAGAGCCAUAAGCAGCUGCUGAACCACUUUGGGAGAGACUUUGCAACUGGGGCGGUGGACCAGUACACCGUGCAGUGCCCGCAGGACCUGGGUGAGCUCAUCAUCAUCCGCCUGCACAAAGAGCGGUACUCCUUCUUCCCCAAGGACCCUUGGUACUGCAACUACGUGCAGAUCUGUGCCCCCAACGGCCAUAUCUACCACUUCCCCGCCUACCAGUGGAUGGAUGGCUACGAGACCCUGGCACUCCGGGAGGCCACAGGAAAGACAACAGCAGAUGACUCACUCCCCGUCCUCCUGGAGCACCGAAGAGAGGAGAUCAGAGCCAAGCAGGACUUCUACCAUUGGCGAGUCUUUCUUCCUGGCCUGCCCAGCUAUGUGCACAUUCCCAGUUACCGCCCUCCGGUCCGGAGGCAUCGCAACCCCAACCGGCCUGAGUGGAAUGGCUAUAUUCCGGGAUUCCCAAUUCUCAUCAACUUUAAGGCCACCAAGUUCCUGAACUUAAAUCUCCGCUACUCCUUCCUCAAGACGGCCUCCUUCUUCGUCCGCCUGGGGCCCAUGGCACUGGCUUUCAAAGUCCGCGGCCUGUUGGACUGCAAACAUUCGUGGAAGAGGCUGAAGGACAUUAGGAAAAUUUUCCCUGGCAAGAAAUCUGUCGUCUCCGAGUACGUGGCCGAGCACUGGGCAGAGGACACCUUCUUUGGGUACCAGUACCUCAAUGGCGUCAACCCCGGCCUGAUCCGUCGCUGCACGCGGAUCCCAGACAAGUUCCCCGUCACAGAUGACAUGGUGUCUCCAUUCCUGGGCGAGGGAACGUGCUUGCAAGCGGAGCUGGAGAAGGGGAACAUUUACCUGGCUGACUACCGCAUCAUGGAGGGCAUCCCCACCGUGGAGCUCAGCGGCCGGAAGCAGCACCACUGCGCCCCCCUCUGCCUGCUGCACUUCGGACCCGAGGGCAAGAUGUUGCCUAUCGCCAUCCAGCUCAGCCAGACCCCUGGGCCGGAUUGCCCCAUCUUCCUGCCCAGUGAUUCUGAGUGGGACUGGCUGCUAGCCAAGACGUGGGUACGCUAUGCGGAGUUCUACAGCCACGAAGCCAUCGCCCACCUGCUGGAGACCCACCUCAUUGCCGAGGCCUUCUGCCUGGCCUUGCUGAGGAAUCUGCCCAUGUGCCACCCCCUCUACAAGCUCCUCAUCCCCCAUACCCGAUACACCGUCCAGAUCAACAGCAUUGGCCGGGCUGUUCUCCUCAACGAGGGGGGGCUCUCUGCCAAGGGCAUGUCCCUGGGCGUGGAAGGCUUUGCUGAGGUGAUGGUACGGGCUCUGUCGGAGCUCACCUAUGAAAGCCUCUACAUCCCCAAUGACUUUGUGGAGCGUGGGGUCCAGGACCUGCCUGGAUAUUACUACCGCGACGACAGCUUGGCGGUGUGGAAUGCACUGGAGAGGUAUGUGACAGAGAUCAUCACCUACUAUUACCCGAGUGACGCCGCCGUGGAGGGUGACCCGGAAUUGCAGUCCUGGGUGCAGGAAAUAUUUAAAGAGUGCCUCCUUGGGCGGGAGAGCUCAGGCUUCCCCAGGUGCUUGCGAACCGUGCCUGAGCUGAUCCGAUAUGUCACCAUAGUCAUCUACACCUGCUCUGCCAAGCACGCUGCUGUCAACACAGGCCAGAUGGAGUUCACCGCCUGGAUGCCCAACUUCCCAGCGUCCAUGCGGAAUCCACCCAUUCAGGCUAAGGGGCUGACCACUCUGGAGACCUUCAUGGACACGUUGCCAGAUGUGAAGACCACGUGCAUCACGCUGCUGGUGCUCUGGACCCUCAGCCGCGAGCCUGACGACAGGCGGCCCUUGGGACACUUCCCGGACAUUCACUUCGUGGAGGAGGCCCCGCGGAGGAGCAUAGAGGCGUUCCGCCAGCGCCUGAACCAGAUCUCACACGACAUCCGCCAGCGCAACAAGUGCCUUCCCAUCCCCUACUACUACCUGGACCCGGCGCUGAUUGAGAACAGCAUUUCUAUUUAGGAGCGCGCUUCCCGUCUCUCCUCUCCCCAUCCUGUGCCCUCCUAUUUUCAAAAAAACAAAACAAAACAAAAACCACAAAAACCUCAAAGACCAAAACACCAAACAAACAAAAAAAACAGAAAACCUUCCUUUCCCUGGGUCUGGCUGUGAGUGUGCGCGGCAAGUUACUGGGGCGCUGGCGGCAAGGCUGGCGCCGCGGGGUGCGGGUGCAGGCUGUGCGCGCCGUGCGC